ACACCAUAUCAUCAUCACUAGGCACUUACACUUGUUUCAGUAUCAGUAUCACAGUAUCAGUAUGACAGUAUCAGUAUCAAUGGCUUCUCCCUCCCUCAUUCUUGUAUUGUUGUUACUCACAGCCACAGCCACAGCAGCAUCAGCAGUAACUGCAUCAGAUAAAGAAAAGAAAACAUUCAUAGUACAAGUCCAGCAUGAAGCCAAGCCUUCCAUUUUCCCAACACACAACCAUUGGUACCUCUCUUCCUUAGCUUCCAUCACUCCCUCCGCCUCCAUUAUCCACACUUACCAAACUGUAUUUCACGGUUUCUCUGCAAAGCUCUCAACUUUAGAGGCUCAGAAGCUCCAAUCACUCUCCCACGUCAUAACCCUCAUUCCGGAGCAGGUUCGCCACCUCCACACCACGCGUUCCCCACAGUUCUUGGGCCUCAAGAUCGCUGACAGAGCCGGCUUGCUCAAAGAGUCUGAUUUCGGGUCGGAUCUAGUAAUCGGAGUCAUCGACACCGGUAUAUGUCCCGAGAGGCAGAGCUUCAACGAUCGUGAUCUGGGUCCUGUUCCCCCCAAGUGGAAGGGCCAGUGUGUCGCCGGAAAAAACUUCCCUGCCAGCUCCUGUAACCGGAAGCUCAUCGGAGCUCGCUAUUUCUGCGGCGGGUACGAAGCCACCAACGGAAAAAUGAACGAGACGUUGGAGUACCGUUCUCCGAGAGACUCGGACGGUCACGGAACUCACACGGCUUCUAUCGCCGCCGGAAGGUACGUGUUCCCGGCGUCCACACUCGGUUACGCCAAAGGAAUGGCGGCUGGGAUGGCUCCCAAGGCUCGCCUCGCCGUCUACAAAGUUUGCUGGAACGGCGGCUGCUACGACUCCGACAUCCUCGCCGCAUUCGACGCCGCCGUGUCUGACGGUGUGGACGUCGCUUCCCUCAGUGUGGGGGGUGUGGUGGUCCCGUACUACCUGGACGUUAUCGCCAUGGGGGCUUUCGGAGCCUCCGAGGCUGGUGUUUUUGUCUCUGCCUCCGCCGGAAACGGCGGUCCCGGUGGCCUCACCGUUACCAAUGUAGCACCUUGGGUGACCACUGUUGGGGCGGGAACCAUAGACAGAGAUUUCCCAGCUGAUGUAAAGCUUGGGAACGGUAAGACCAUAGGUGGGGUUAGUGUUUAUGGUGGACCGGGUCUGACACCGGGUCGGCUCUACCCGAUUGUGUAUGCGGGUAGUGAAGGUGGGGGUGAUGGUUACUCUUCGUCCCUUUGCUUGGAAGAUUCGUUGGAUCCCAAGUUUGUGAAGGGGAAGAUUGUUGUGUGUGACAGAGGGAUAAAUUCAAGAGCUGCUAAAGGUGAAGUGGUGAAAAAGGCAGGAGGAGUUGGCAUGAUUUUGGCCAAUGGAGUCUUUGAUGGUGAAGGCUUAGUGGCUGAUUGCCAUGUACUUCCCGCCACCUCUGUCGGUGCCGUCGGCGGCGAUGAGAUUCGGAAAUACAUCUCAACAGCUUCACAGUCACGGUCACCACCUACUGCAACAAUAAUAUUCAAGGGUACCAGGCUUGGGAUUAGGCCAGCCCCGGUUGUGGCAUCUUUUUCUGCUAGAGGGCCUAACCCUGAGUCCCCUGAGAUAUUGAAGCCUGAUGUUAUUGCCCCUGGACUGAACAUUCUUGCAGCUUGGCCCGAUAGUAUUGCACCUUCUGGGAUUCAUUCUGAUGAGCGCAGGACAGAGUUUAACAUACUAUCAGGUACUUCCAUGGCUUGCCCACAUGUUUCUGGUUUGGCUGCUUUGUUGAAAGCAGCACACCCUGAUUGGAGUCCUGCUGCUAUUAGGUCUGCCCUCAUGACUACUGCGUAUACUGUUGAUAAUAGGGGAGGUUCCAUGUUGGAUGAGUCCACUGGUAAUGUUUCCUCAGUAUUUGAUUAUGGUGCUGGCCAUGUUCAUCCGGAGAAGGCCAUGAACCCUGGCUUGAUUUAUGACAUCUCUACUUAUGAUUAUGUGGAUUUCUUGUGCAAUUCUAAUUAUACCGCUAAGAAUAUUAAAGUGAUCACGAGAAAGGUUGCAGAUUGCAGUGGGGCUAAGAAGGCAGGUCAUGCUGGCAAUUUGAAUUAUCCAUCCUUAUCUGCAGUGUUUCAACAAUAUGGAAAGCAUAAGAUGUCUACACACUUCAUUAGAACUGUGACUAAUGUUGGAGAUCCAAACUCAGUCUACAAAGUCACUAUUAGACCACCUGCAGGGAUGGUGGUCACGCUGGAGCCAGAGACCCUAUCUUUCAGGAGGUUGGGUCAGAAAUUGAAUUUCCUUGUUAGGGUGCAAGCUAGGGCAGUUAAGCUUUCCCCUGGAAGUUCUAGUGUGAAGAGUGGUUCCAUAGUUUGGUCUGAUGGCAAACACACUGUCACAAGUCCCUUGGUUGUGACAAUGCAGCAGCCUCUCUGAUAGUGUUCUCCAGGUUUGGUUUGGGUUGGGUAUAUAAAUUUUGCCCUUUUUCCAUCUUAGAACUGUUUCCUGUUAAAGCAGUUCUAUAUGUAUAAUAGUGAAUGCGUUUAUGAAGAAUUUCCCUUUCUUAGAACCGGUGGAGGUUUGACUGUACGAAACAGUAUGAAGGUAUAUAUCCUUCUUCUUGUAAAAUUAAGAAUGAUGUUUGUAGAAAAUGCUGUGUUAAGAGGAGGACAAGGAUAAUGGAAAGAUUCCUAUCCUUUUUGAGCAAUUCUGUUUAGUCUAUUUUUAUAUUUUUUUGAGUCAAAGAUUUGGUAAGCACAUGGGCACAGAGAUCGUAGUGGUUUUUGUUUUCUGGAUCUUCAACCAGAUCAGCAUCUUCCAACCGUGAUAAUGACAAACAAGACGAAAUUCCAAUUAAUAUGUGGGGUUCUUUUUGGUUUUUUCUUCUCUUUUUUCUGGUAUUUUAUUAAAUGAUAGAUGUUGGGGUUAGGUGAUCGUGUAAUAGAGCACUUCAGAUGACAAAUGUUUACUCAGAGAGUCCAUUAAUAUUCCUAUCUGGUCCCCUGGAGUCUUGCAAGAGAAAAUUCUUACAUAGUCCUUGGACUAAAUAUUAAA